UCACCGCAUCGGGGGAAGCGGGGUGAGACAAACUGAAGAGAGUGUGUGAUUCUUCCCUGGUGCAGAGGAUGAAAAAACACUUCUAGUAUUUGGGUCCAUGCAACAGUAAAAGCUCUAUCCCAAACUGAAACUGGAGAAGCAAUGGCACUCGUGUUCUACAUUAACUGGGCACAGUAUGAGAAAGUGCAAACUAUCAGACUGGAUGAAAACCCAAAUAAAUAGUUCAGUUUCAGAUGAAUUAGGCUGUAUCACAGAUGCAACUGAUGAGGAACAAGAUGACUUACCUUAUGAUGGAGAGGUAGGCAUAACCUGUAAAUACAGUAAUUCAGGUAAUUUGAAUGACUGUCCUUGUACAAAAGUUAUUUCUGGUAUUUUAAAUGUAGCCUGUUCUGAAGAUAACAAAAACAUAAAAGCAACAGCUAAUUAUGAAACACAUCCACAACCUGAGAAAUUCUCCAGCUACCACAGAACUGUCAUAGGAACAAGAGGAAUUUCAGUUGAAAUGUCUGAAAGUGAAGCUUCCUUUAGAAAGGAAUUACCUAUUGGUGGUUUUAGUAAACCAGACAGCAAAGAACAUCUAACUCACUCAAAAAUGUCCGAUAUCCUUUUGCGUCAUUUUUCUAAUGAAGAGUUAAUAAGCACAUGCCAGCUAAUUGAAUGCGAGACAAUACCAGAGAUAUCCUUUACUGAAAGUAUCAGUGACACUGUGAACAAACCUGAGCCUUCAGAACACCUCAAAGGCCCUUCAGCGCACAAACAAUGGGCAACUAACUUUGAAGAAUAUAAUUUAGAAAACCACAAGGAAGUAAACACUGGUGAUAAAAAUCAAAAUUCACUAAAUGAAAAUAGAUGUGUUUCAAAGAAACCUAUUUCUUCUACUGGAAAGUGUGGGUACAGACAACUGAUUAAUGAAAAUAAAGAUACACACCUCUUUCAAAACAUGAAAGAAGACAGAGACCUGUUUAAGAAAACAGUUUCACAUCACAAUCUCAAAUACAGCAAAGAUCAAGCUCCCUGUUGCCUUCCUGACUUCUUCAAAGUUGCUUCAGAAGUUAAAGUACCAGAAAGAAGUGACAACAUAAAAUCAGUUCCUACAACUGGAAGAACAAAAUCCUUCCCUAUUUUAAGUAAAUCAGUAAUUGGGAACAACAUUCAAGAAAAUAGGAAGUAUUUCAAUUCUGCUGAAGUAGAAAAUCAAGAAGAAAUGAGCAUUCCAGAACUAUUGCAACAGCCAGAGAUGCAGACACAGCAUGCUGACACCCAGAAUCAUAUUGGCCAGCUGAGACCGAAUCCUAAGAUACUUCCUCAGUCAGAUUUUCCAAAUGCCACCAUUGACAUUUACUCUGGAGACACUGGGAUAUCUUCUGAAGUCUUUACAUUACAGGCUCCUAUCCCUAUACAAUCUACAUGUGGUUUGUCUAAAGCAAGAUUACAGUAUGGAACAACAGAAUCAGCAUUACCAGCAGCCGGUACAGUAGAAGCACAUUGUCUAAAUCCUUCUAAUUUACUGCCAGAACUAACACUAGGAGAAAAGAUGUCUCAAAUACUAAAGGAUCAGACGGAUCAACUGAUAAAGAAAGUAGAAGACUUCUCUAAGCAUACAACCCAAGAGACGUUACUUUUACAAGACAACUAUCUGGCAUUAAAUCAAUUGAAAAGAUACCUUGAUGCUUUGGAAAGGAAUUAUUUAACAGCUAGAGAAAAGCACCGUAAUUUACAGCUGCAGAACUACAAGGACAAGUCGAUCAACGUUGGAGAGUUUGACCCCGAAAGAAAGGUGGAAGGGGAAAUAUUUAGGCUUGGCACGCUGCUUGAAGACAUCCAAGAACAAACUGAUGACAGCAAAUGCAACUUGUCGUCUCUGCUCACUUCCUAUGAAUCUGCCCAUUCAUCCUAUUCUCUCUGUGAGAGCUCAGUCGUUUCAAGCAUUGCUGAUCCUCCAGAACGAGGUAUUGAAACUGCAUUUCUUCACAAGAACAACAAGGAAGAAAAAAAUCAGACAACUGAUGUAAUCCCACAGACAAAUCAAUCUUCUUUAGAAGGCAACAAGUGCAAUCUUUGUCUUCACAUGUUACAGAAGAGAGCUGAAUCAAGUUCCAGACGAGAAAUGGAAUGUGUAGGAAAAGGAGGUCUGCUAGCAAACAAGCAUUCUUCCAACCUAAUGAGAUUCCCUUCACCUGAGGAAAAAUACGCUGCUGAAGGUCUUAUAUCCCAUCGUCAGGGCACAUUAACUCAAAAAAUUAAUGCUGAUGAAGAAAGUAUGAAAGGAAACACAAACAUCCAGGAAAGGAAAAUUGGAACAUGUUCAUUCUGCAUUCAGAGAAAACCAACUGAUUUAUCAGAUACCAACUUGAGCAGUGAUUCAGAAGACAUCGCAGCCUAUGAUUCUUAUGAUUCACAACGUGAGGAACUUGUGAAUGGUGAGACUGAAAGUUACAAAACAUUCAAUACAAGAUUACGUGGAGAGAUAAAAGGACUUAGAUGCAGAUGUCCUAGAGGAAGCAGAGAUCAAUUUAAACUCAGGAAUUACAAAGAGCCUGUUCAGUCUUGUGCUCUACAUAGAAAUAAACAUUCUGGUUCAACCUGUAAGUAUGAUGUGUUACUGAAAUAAUUACCAGUCACAGGCUAGGUUUUAAGGGGCUGAAAGCCACACUGCACAUAUAUCAGGCCAAAUUUAAUU